AUGGCUCCUCUUGAGAAGUUUGAGUACUUCUCGGACCUUCCGAGCGAGCUCAGACAGCAGAUCUGGUUUGAGGCCAUUCCGAGAAAAGUGAUCUGGCCUCAGGGUAGUGGUCCUGCUUUUGCGCCGAAGGCGCCUAUCCUUGCCUCGGUCUGCAGUGAGGCCCGCCGCGUUGUUCUUCGACAUGGUCAGCCCUACGCCAUCGACAGGAAACACAAGCACCCCAGCACCGCCUGGUUCUCACCCAAGCGUGACAUUGUCCUCUACUCGUGUGGAACGCGUGGUUUUAAAGUCAACCAUCCCGUCUGCCGCUCCGACCUUGAACAUAAUGCUCGUGUCAUUGUGGUGGAAGAUCUAUGGCUGAGGCGUCAAAACAGCACUCAAAAUCUCCUUGGCCAAAGGGCAGUUCUCCAGGUCGUCUCAAGAGCUAUUGAUCUUCCUCAUCUGGAGGAGAUUAUGGUUUGGCCAGUCGAAAGAACGUGCCAAGUUUACUAUUCCAAGCUUUGCAACAAGUCAGCCAUGUUGCAGAGUGAGAAGGAAUGGCUUGGCCAGGAUUCUUUCGCCGUUGUUGAUCUCAGUGACGAUGAGGACGUCAAGAAGGCCAAAGAUAUCUACAAAUUGAAGCUUGGCGAUCCCUUCUGGUAUGCCCAUGGCAUGUACGCCCCUGAGACUUUCACUCUCGGUAGCAGCAACAACAGACCCGUCAUUGUUCCCAAGAAUUACUGGCCCGAUCUCAUCAAAGAGUGCGAGCUUGCCUGGCUUCUGGCAAACAAUGAGAAACCGGAUUCUGACAAGCCAGAGGUUCGUCCGUACCCGAUCAAAAUUCAAAGCGAAAACGACAUCGACCGCAGUAACGCAUGGAUUCGUACCACUCUGGCUAAAAUGCCUAAGCUUCGCCCGAUCCACCUGAUCGUGGACGAGAGUGACGACAGCUACUACGCCUCUGACCGAGGUCAUCUUCCUACGCACCUCGGGUUCACCCGCCGCACAUUUCGACGCGAGGGUGACGCUGAGGCGCCUUACAUCUUCAACAAUGAUGUCAAGAUGUGGAUCAAGCACGAGCCGAGGCCCAAGAUCACGCGCAAGAAGGCUACGAAGACUGCGUGA